AAUUCAAAGAGAAUGCGGUAGAGCGAAAGGAAAAACAAGAGACGACGAUCGAUCGCGCUGUGGCUGGAAUGAGAAUCAAGACGCAAUCCAAGAUGCAAGCUCCUCAGUCCGCUGAGGAUCAUAAUACCGUCGAUAGCGGGAGCAAAGGCGGAGGAGCUAGCUUGUCAUCGCCAUUGAUCAAGCAAGGAGACACCGAGAGCGUCGGGGGCACAAAUCACAGCUCCGCGGCGCCGACGAGGCCCAAACUUGUGAAACCGCGGCUCAGAGCUGAGGGAUUGAUGGUUCCUCCUGCCUCCGAUGCCGCUACUCUUCGUCGCCAAGUCGCUGCUCUCCAGGCUGAUGUGGAAGCACACAUCGAAGCCGAGCAAAGGCUCCAAAGUUUCAACCAGCAGCUAACCGAAAGGCUCGAGAUUUACAUGAAACAGAACCAUGAGAACCUGGGGAGGGCUGCGAGUGAGAUGAACACACUCCAUCAAGACAUGGAGCAGACCCUCGAGUUGCAGAAAAAAUUGUCCAAGAGAGCAAGCGUCCUGGAAGGGGAGAAAAAAGAACUUGAGCAGACAUUGCAAGAUUAUUUGCAGAUGUUUGAAACGGAGCGAAUGGCUUUGCAAAAGAAAGUGACUGCGUUGAGUUCAGAUGUUAGCGAACGAUCUGAGGCGGAUACUGAAGCAAAAGCUCUCCAGAUGGAGUUGGAAAAAACGCAAGAAAUGAAUGAAAGCCUUCGCAACAUUCUCAAGAAAAACGCUUCUGACGCAAUUGAGCUCAAGAAAAAAAUUGAGGAAAAUAGCAGCAGGCUUCAGAGCCUUCUUGCCGAGGAGAAGCGAGAUGAAGAAGCUGAGAAAAGAUACAGGAAGGCAAUGUUGAAGCGGUUUUUUGCAAAGCUUAAGAAAGGCCUUUAUGUGGAAGCCUGCAGACAGUGUGAAAGGAGGUCUGCUGACAGAUUGUUCAAGCUAGCGUGCUGCAGAAAGGGAUUUGAAGCAUUGCGAGUCGCCACAAGAAGAUCAAGAAAAUUGCGGAUGGCAAAAACCAGUCACACCGCGGCUUUUCUACGAGACUUCUGGAACGAAUGGCGACUUGUGACACUUCGACAAAGGAAGCAUGCGAAACUAGUCAGUCGACACCGACAGUCCGAACUGCUGAAGUCGUUUUAUGGCUGGAAGAAUCUGGUUUACGCGUACCAGAACCAGUGCGGGCAGUAUGCCGAUGUUGCAGCUAAGCAUUGGCGCGGUGGUCUUGUCAGGCGCGCAUGGGAUCACUGGCUGCAGUGGCUACUCGAUUACUCAAAACCAAAGAAGAACAGGCUGCAAGAGGCUCUGUGGCAUCUGCGAGAUUUUACGAUGACGAUGGCGCUGGCUGCGUGGAAAGGUGUGGUUUUGAAUAAAUUGAGGAAACGUGUGAGGACGCAACAGGUGCUUUCCUUGAGAAGGCAAUGGUGCCUAAGAGUCGUUUUCCACAAGUGGCUGCACAUUGUACAGGUGAAAAAAACUCGGAGAUUUCUUCAUCACAGAGCAAAUAAUUUCAGAAGGGGUCGCUGGUGCGAUUUGGUCAUGAGAUGCUGGGAUAAAUAUGUCAAAGGUAAGAGACGGAUAUCUGCGUCCAACGCAAUUGCCCACGAUUACUACAAAAAGAGUCUAAAGCGCCAGGAGCUGAAGAUAUGGAAACACAAUAUCGAGUUUUUGAAGGCCGAAGCGAAAGCUACGAUGGGAUUCAAUCAUGCUCUGAUAAAGACAGCGAUGGGGUUUUGGAUGGAUUACCACGUACUUCAAUCCUUAAAGAAGAAGAGGCAAAAGAAGGCCAUCGUACAUCGGCAUAGAAUUGAGUCUAAGGUGCAAAGGAGGAUACUACUGAUCUGGUGGGAAGAAAUGGUUUGGACGAGGCAUGCAAGUGAGAUGCAGCAUUCUUUAGCUUCCUGGUGGCAAGGUGCUCGUCUGCGAGCCGCUUUUCAUUCUUGGAUGCGUUCGACAUUUGGAAAUGCAUUGACAGCAAGUUUUAAGUGUCAGACUGAUCUCCUUGAAGCAGUGGAGAAGUUCGAGGCUCAAAAGCAUCGGACUACCACUGUGGACAUUGAGAACCUUCACUUGGUUGAUCGCUUGCACAUGAUGUCUUCGGAGAUUGCUUUUCUGAUGACAAGAAUUGGUGACAAGUGUAAACGACAAGACGACCUUCAACAUGCGCUUGAGGACGCAGCAAUCAUAGAAAGCUCGAUGAGGGGGGAUUUAGAACAAAAAAGAAUUCGCAUUCUGGAGCUUGAAAAGGAUGCCAAUGUCCUGCAGAAAAAUCUGCAAAGGAAAAAUUCAGAAGACGUAGCGGGAGAGGUGUACCAUGCUCUGCAUGUUCAAAGCUUGGAGCAAGCAUUGAGGAACGUUCAAGUUGAGCUAUCACAGAAGUCUGUGCAAGUAGAUUCCUACGAAAAGGCUUUGAAGGAAACCGCAGAUAAACUAGACGGAACAUCUGAUGAGUCGCACCAGAAGCUAAGCAGCGCUUUUCAGAUUGCUGCUUCGUUAAGAAAGCUUCUUGAAGAUCGUGAGAACCAAUUUGCGGCUCUUGAAGGCAGCUCCCGGAGGAGAGACCUGGAGCUUCAAGAAAUCCAAAAGAAGCUUUCAUUAAGUAAGACCACGUUCACGGACACUUUGGAGGCUCGUGAUACACGGAUCAACGAGCUAGAAAAGCUGCUACUCCAGAAACAAUCGCAGAUUGAGGAAGUCCAGCAAGAUACACAAGACGUACAGCUGGCUAUUAACAUUCAAGACAAUUGCUACAAGAAGCUCGAGUACGACAUGAAGAUUGGCUUCAGCCAGCAGUGGCAAGUGACGAAGACUCAGCAGACUUGCGAGAGGUGGUUUGCUUAGCGGUACUUCAUUUGUUUUUAGCCGAGUCACACUUGAGAUUUUAUAAAGCAGUUUCCAGGGCGGCGUCUUAUCGCAUCGCUGGAGAAA